CCCCAUCUACUUACUCACUAACUCUCUAAAACGUGUGAAUCAAUAAAGGUGUUAAUAGGCUGAGUUAAAAAUGUCUUCUUUCGGAAUCUUAUCAAAAAUUGCAUUGCUUCUGCUGAUGCUCUUCGUAGCAUCUCUGCUGUGUGUGCUCUCUCUACCAGCCUUGGAGAAUUCGUAUCGCUGCAGGGCCAUAGAUAAUUGCGACCCUUUUCUGCCUAUCUGUGCCACUUAUUCAAAUGAACACCAGUUUUUUUAUAGCCACUGUGACAUGUUGCGUGAGAUAUGCUUAACCGGCAAAGAUUGGAAAUCGGACUAUUUUAGCCAUUGCAAUGUAAGCAAACUUUAAAAGCACAACGCUAACUGAAUGCUAGCAUAUACCUAAACACUAAAACAUUAGCAAAAUAAAUAUUAUACAAGACUGAUA